GCCAUGUUAGAUGGGAGGGGACCGUGCUGGUGGGUCACUGAGAGAGGAGGAGACCGGGCAAAGGGCGAGGGAGCCGGGCCGGGGGCGUUUCGGGUAUCCGAAGGCGAGUCCGUUUGGACCAGGAAGUAGCUCAGGGGAGCCCGACCCCGACCCACCGCUCUCCUCACCAGAGCAGAGGAGGCAGGGAAGUACCGAGGGCAGUCGAGCCUCCCCUGGGGGUGGUUCCUGGGACUAGAUGGAGCUCAGUCUCUGGAUUCUCCCUCUUCCUCGGUCCUCCGCUUCCUGACAAACCCGGCCGUCAAACCCUGUAAUCGCCCUCCUUUAACCCACGAAAGCAAACCUUUCUGCUGUUUCUGAGCGGGCUUGAGCCUUAAGACUACUUUAAGGAGGGGUCAAGACAGUUCCUACCGCAGAGACUCUGAUACCAUUUAAAGGCAAUAAAGAAAGGAUCAAGACCUCUGACCACAUGGAAGAAAUGACAAGCACGAACCAGCGAAAAUCAGUAUGAGGAUAGCCUGUUGUAUCAUUAGUUUUAGAGGCUGGGAGUGUAUAUUGCUGAAAAGGGGUCCCACUGUUGGGAGUAGAAUCAGCCUUUACCUUGUCCUGUUUGCUGCUACAUGAGAGACUAGGAGAAGCAAAUAAGGACCUUCAAUGCCCAGAGUUGUACAGAAUUAUUGUUAAAAAAAAAAGGUGAUCAAGCAGUUGAAUUGAAGGCAUUUUGAAUAAACCUGCCAUUUAUAUCAUCUUUGAUCUUGGAAUUGAAAGUAAAGCUGGAAAGGAAUUUACAAACGAGAAAAAAAAGAAGUUUGGAAUUGGACUCACAAGAUCUGGGCCUGGAAAUGCCUCAGCCUAGUGUAAGCGGAAUGGAUCCGCCUUUUGGGGAUGCUUUUCGAAGCCACGCCUUUUCGGAACAGACUCUGAUGAGCACAGAUCUUUUAGCAAACAGUUCAGAUCCAGAUUUCAUGUAUGAACUGGAUAGAGAGAUGAACUACCAGCAAAACCCUAGAGACAACUUCCUUUCUUUGGAGGAUUGCAAAGACAUUGAAAAUUUGGAGUCUUUCACAGAUGUCCUGGAUAAUGAGGGUGCUUUAACCUCAAACUGGGAACAGUGGGAUACAUACUGUGAAGAUUUAACAAAGUAUACCAAACUAACCAGCUGUGACAUCUGGGGAACAAAAGAAGUGGAUUACUUGGGUCUUGAUGACUUUUCUAGCCCUUACCAAGAUGAAGAGGUCAUAAGUAAAACUCCAACUUUGGCCCAGCUUAAUAGUGAGGACUCUCAGUCUGUUUCUGAUUCCCUUUAUUAUCCUGAUUCACUUUUCAGUGUCAAACAAAACCCCUUGCCCUCUUCAUUCCCUGGUAAAAAGAUCACAAGCAGAGCCGCUGCCCCUGUGUGUUUUUCUAAGACUCUUCAGACUGAGGUCCCUUCGUCAGACUGUGUCCAAAAAGCAAGUAAGCCUACUUCAAGCACGCAGAUCAUGGUAAAGACCAACAUGUAUCAUAAUGAAAAGGUGAACUUCCAUGUUGAAUGUAAAGACUAUGUAAAAAAGGCAAAGGUAAAGAUCAAUCCAGUGCAGCAGAGCCGGCCUUUGUUGAGCCAGGUUCGUGCAGAUGCAGCGAAGGAAAACACCUGCUACUGUGGUGCAGUAGCAAAGAGACAAGAGAAAAAAGGGAUGGAUCCUCUGCAGGGUCAUGCCACUCCAGCUUUGCCUUUUAAAGAAACCCAGGAACUAUUACUCAGUCCCCUGCCCCAGGAAGGUCCUGGGUCAAUUGCAACAGGAGAGAGUAGCAGCCUUUCUGCCAGCACAUCGGUCUCAGAUUCAUCCCAGAAAAAAGAAGAGCACAAUUACUCUCUUUUUGUCUCUGAUAACUUGAGUGAACAGCCAACCAAAUGCAGUCCUGAAGAAGAUGAGGAAGAUGAGGAGGAUGUUGAUGAUGAGGACCAUGAUGAAGGGUUUGGUAGUGAGCAUGAACUAUCUGAAAAUGAAGAGGAGGAAGAAGAGGAAGAGGAUUAUGAAGAUGACAAGGAUGACGAUAUUAGUGAUACUUUCUCUGAACCAGGCUAUGAAAAUGAUUCUGUAGAAGACUUGAAGGAGAUGACUUCAAUAUCCUCUCGAAAGAGAGGUAAAAGAAGGUACUUUUGGGAAUACAGUGAACAACUUACACCAUCACAGCAAGAGAGGAUGCUGAGGCCCUCUGAAUGGAACCGAGACACCUUGCCAAGUAAUAUGUAUCAGAAAAAUGGUUUACAUCAUGGAAAAUAUGCAGUAAAGAAGUCACGGAGAACUGAUGUAGAAGACCUGACUCCAAAUCCUAAAAAACUUCUUCAGAUAGGCAAUGAGUUACGGAAGCUGAAUAAGGUGAUUAGCGACCUGACUCCAGUCAGCGAGCUUCCCUUAACAGCCCGGCCAAGGUCAAGGAAGGAAAAAAAUAAGCUGGCUUCCAGAGCUUGUCGGUUAAAGAAAAAAGCCCAGUAUGAAGCUAAUAAAGUUAAAUUAUGGGGCCUCAAUACUGAAUAUGAUAAUUUAUUGUUUGUAAUCAACUCCAUCAAGCAAGAGAUUGUAAACCGGGUACAGAAUCCGAGAGAGGAGAGAGGACCCAACAUGGGGCAGAAGCUUGAGAUCCUUAUUAAAGAUACUCUUGGUCUCCCUGUUGCUGGGCAAACUUCAGAAUUUGUUAACCAAGUGUUAGAGAAGACUGCAGAAGGCAAUCCCACUGGAGGCCUUGUAGGACUAAGGAUACCAACAUCGAAAGUAUAACCAGCCUCAUUGGACCACUGGAUUUGUCCUAUAGCUUAGCAUUUGUGGUUAACUGUGAUGCUAGAGCUGACAGCACAGAAGACGUCACAAGAGAAGAGUGGAAGGGCAAGGAUUCGAAGCAUCUGUCCAUACAAUGUGGAAACCUCUUUUGCAUAGUUGCGUAGGAUCCUGUUUGUAAUGCUAUCACUAAUAUUCUGUAGUUUUGUUCCCCCCCAAGCCCCAACCGGAGCUAUGACACUUUUUAUUGGAUUCAGUCUUGUCUCUUGUCUAGAAAGAAUUUUACUUGUUGACGCAUGAGCUGUUUAAAAAUUAUUCUCUUAAAUGUUGGUUAAUAGUUGUGCAGUUUUUCAUUUUCAAAGAAAAGGCACUGCAAAUGUUGCCUUUUGUUUUCUGUCACCUUCCCACCCCUCAGCACUUCUAGUCAGAUACAGAUUCAUCAGUGUAUGCAACAUCCUUUGUAAUUUAAAAUAAAAAAAGACAAAAGA